AUGUCGGACUCAAAAGUACCCGAAGCAGAGAAGCCAGCUUCUGCUACAAAUGCAGAAGUUAAAAUCGAUGCGAAAGCUACUGCGAAACAGAAACCUCCAAAUCCAAUGUGGAAAUACUUAGGAUUUGGCGAAAACUUUCGACCUAGAGUUCCUUCUCGAAAUUGGAUGAUAUUCCUCUCAAUCACUGGAUCUUUCACAGCAGCCAUCAUCUAUGACAAGAGGGAAAAGAAGAGAGCGCAGAGAAAAUGGUGUAGAUUGGUAGAACAUAUUGCGAAAGAACCUUUGGGAGAUUCUCGUACCAUGCCAAGGAAACUUACUGUUUUCCUAGAAGGACCUCCUACUGAUGGAUUAAGAGUUGCGCAAGAUCAUUUUAAAGAAUAUGUUAAGCCGAUAUUGGUAGCUUCGGGAUUGGAUUGGGAAUUUAUACAAGGAAGAAGAGAGGGAGAAAUUCGAGCUGAAUUGGCGGAGAAAAUUCGUAAUGCGAGAUUACCUUUUGAGGAGAGUGUUGAAGGACGGGAUCCUAUUUUAUCGACACGGAAAAAUGCUGGAAUUAAGGAAUUUGAUGGACCAAGAGGUGAUAUAGUACUUGGAAGACAUACUUGGAAAGAAUAUAUUAGGGGUUUACAUGAAGGCUGGUUAGGACCAUUAACCGAACCCCUUAAGCCACAAGAAGAGAACCUAGAAGCAGCUCCUACCUCGGAAGCCGAAACUCCAGUCGAUUCUCUCAUAGGAAACACAAUUCAUACAAGCACUAAUACCGAUCCAUCCAAACCAGAUGAUGCAUCAUCUACCAGUACCGGGUCGACUCCUGAAGAAAAACCAGCCGAGGAAAAGAAGGAAAAGCCAUCCCACUUACCCCCGUUCAUCUCAACCACAGAUUACGCAUCAGCAAACCUUCCAUCAUCCUUUCCAACAGAAUUAGAUCCCUCAGCCGCAAUUUCCUUCCCCCAUAUCCUCGGAUUUCUCAACACACCCACCCGACUCCGUCGAUUUCUCAAUCGUCGUCAUCUAGCCGAUCAAAUCGGUCGCGACACAGCCGCUAUAAUCCUCUCUACCUACCGACCAUAUCACACUUCUUCAUCUACAUCAUCCACCUCCGAAGACCCGGAACCAGAACAAACCACCCUCCUCCAAUCAGAAGAAAAAGAAUGGCACAAAUCAGUCCACGUCCGUUCUCCCACAGAUCUAGAAAGAACAUGGUUAGAACCCAUUACUCUAGAUCCUCGCAUCGCCUCCCGAAUGCGUAAAGCGGAAUUAACUCCCGCAGAAGAAGAAAGAGCAAGGAAUAUUAUAGUGAAAGAGGAAGAGAUAGAAGGUUGGAUUAAAGGAGGUUUGAGAAGUUUAGGUCGUAAGGGUUUGAAGUGGUGGGGUGGUGAUAAAGGGAAGAAACCUUGGGAACAGGGUGAAGUGGGGGAGGAGGAUCAAUGA